AGUCAGGUGGAUCUGUCUGUGCUCUCGCUGUGAUCCUUCAACUGCCAGUCUUGUUCUCCUUCCAUCAGUCCACAUUCAGCUUCUUCACCUUGCCAUGGACAUCGGAGGCCUGACUACGGUGGUGGCCAACUCGGCGUACAUCUCGGCCCGUGGCAGUUUCGAUGGCACAGCCAACCCAGCAGCCAACAGAGACAAGAAGUACCACGCCAAACUCAAGCUUCCCCACAUCACUGUGUGUGAAGAUCUGAGGGAAACCCUGGAUCUGCAAUUUAAGAGCAUUUGUGUGGAGCAGCCCAUCGGCAAACGGCUGUUUCAAGAGUACCUGGAAAUCACCAAUGAGUACAAGGGACCAUGUCGCCUCUGGAAGGACAUUGAGGCAUACGACACCGCCGAGGAUAAGGAUCGAGCUCAGAAAGCCGCCAAAAUCCUCCAGCGUUACAUGGAGCCUUCUGCCAAGCUCUUCUGCCCGUUUUUACCCGAAAAUGACAUCACCAAGGUGAAAGAACGGCACCAGGAGGCAACAGAUGACCUGUUUGUGGAGAUCCUGGCCAGUGUGUUUAACUUCCUCAAAGAGGUUCCCUUCACGUUCUAUUUAGAGACCAUGUACUUUAAACGCUUCUUGCAGUGGAAGUGGUUGGAGAUGCAGCCGGUAGCCGAGGACUGGUUCUUGGACUUCCGUGUUCUGGGUAAGGGUGGGUUCGGAGAGGUGUCCGCUUGUCAGAUGAAGGCCACAGGGAAGCUGUACGCCUGCAAGAAGCUCAACAAGAAGAGGCUGAGGAAGAGGAAAGGCUAUGAGGGUGCCAUGGUGGAGAAACGGAUCCUGGCUCGAGUUCACAGUAGAUUCAUUGUGUCUCUGGCUUACGCCUUCCAGACCAAAACAGAACUGUGUCUGGUGAUGACCAUCAUGAAUGGAGGAGACCUCAGGUACCACAUCUAUAAUGUGGAUGAGAAUAACCCAGGGUUCUCUGAAACCAGAGCGUGUUACUAUGCUGCUCAGAUCAUUCAAGGCCUAGAGCAUCUACACCAGAAGAGAAUCAUCUACAGAGACCUGAAACCAGAAAAUGUUCUGCUAGAUAAUGAAGGUAACGUCCGUAUCUCUGAUCUUGGCUUGGCUGUGGAGCUUGCAGAUGACCAGCUUAAAACCAAAGGCUACGCUGGAACUCCAGGGUUCAUGGCCCCAGAGCUGCUGAAGGGUGAAGAAUAUGAUUACUCUGUAGAUUACUUCACUCUCGGGGUCACGCUGUACGAGUUCAUUGCAGCCAAAGGACCCUUCAGGACUCGAGGAGAGAAGGUGGAGAAUAAAGAGGUUAAAAAACGAAUCCUGAACGACCCAGUGACGUACCCAGAAAAUUUCAGUGAGAAUGCCAAGUCCAUCUGUGAGGGUGUUCUGGCAAAAGAAGUUGACAAGAGACUGGGCUUCAAGAACGGCACGUGUGAUGAGCUACGCGCACAUCCGUUCUUCAGCGAAAUCAACUGGAGGAAACUGGACGCAGGGAUUCUGCCGCCUCCUUUCGUACCGGAUUCCAAGACCGUCUAUGCCAAGAAUCUGGAUGACGUGGGCGCUUUCUCCACUGUGAAGGGGGUCUGCCUGGAGGACGAUGACAAGAAGUUCUUUGAUGAGUUUGCGUCAGGUAACGUCUCUAUACCCUGGCAGGAGGAGAUGCUCGAGACGGGCAUCUACGGUGAGCUGAACGUGUGGGGUCCAAACGGCACUGUGCCCAACGACCUGCGUCGAGAGUCCAUCCUGGAGCAGCCACCCAAAUCCUCCACCUGUAGCGUUUCAUAAUCACGCCAACACUGAACUGUCAAAAAAAAAAAAAACAUAGAUUUGCUUGCGCUUUUUCGAUAGAGCUCAUGGUGAAGGUUGAGUAUUUGUGUUAGUGAUUAUUGAUCUUAUUGACAUUCUUGAACUGUAAACUGAGUUCUGUUCAAGCAUGAUUAGGAUUUAGGCUUUUAAACGGAACUGAAUGACAAAGAAUAUCUGAUGAGGAAAUAAUAAAAAGCAAAAUGCUUUGAAGUCAUUCUUUUGAUAUCCAUAAAGCUCAGUAAUAACAUCUGUAAGUAAAAU